GCCGGGGGGAGAUGUCAAACGUACGCAUUUCUAAUGGGAGCCCUACCCUGGAGCGCAUGGAAGCCCGGCAGUCGGAAUACCCGAAGCCGUCAGCCUGCAGGAAUCUCUUCGGGCCGGUGAACCACGAAGAGUUAAACAGGGACUUGAAGAAGCACCGCAAGGAGAUGGAGGAGGCAUGCCAGAGGAAGUGGAAUUUCGAUUUCCAGAAUCACAAGCCGCUGGAAGGCAGGUACGAGUGGCAAGCCGUGGAGAAGGGGAGCUCGCCCGAAUUCUACUUCAGACCCCCGAGGCUACUCAAAGCUGUCUGCAAGUCCGCCGGCCACCAGAGCCUGGAUGUAAACGGGAAUUGCCAAACCGUGAUUUUUGCCGGUUCUCAGGGAAUCUCAGAGGACACUCACUGUGUAGAUCAAAAGACUGCUCUUUCUGAAAAGCAGACGGACUUUGCAGAGCAGUGCACUGGGCAGAGGAAAAGACCUGCCACCGACGAUUCCUCUCCUCAAAAUAAAAGAGCCAACACAACAGAAGAAGAGGUUUCAGAAGACUCCCCCAGUGCCAGUUCAGUGGAGCAAACACCCAAGAAAUCAAGCCCGAGAAGACAUCAAACGUAAACCGUUUAGAGCGGAGAAGGCGCGGUUCCUUGUUCAUCGGGUGCCUCAGGAGUCGGUGAAGUGAGGAAGACGUAAAGGCGUAGCAGAGAGGAGGAUACAUAUCGUCGAGCUCCAUGGGAUGGAGGUCCUGUACAAGCACUGAAAAAACAACGACAGAAAACAAGACAAAAAAAAAAAAAAA